AUGAAAAACAUCCAAGAGCUGGCCCGGCAAAAUAAGAUCACCAAGCAGAUUCUUGAGGCAUUCAUUCAGAAGAAACUUGGGUUGGCAAGAGACAACGUCAAGCCACCUUCGAUCUACGAGAUCCUACCAUCGAAUAGAAAGCAAGAAGAACGGUUGACAAGGGAAUCUCCUGAUAGUGAGCAGCAGGAAAACCAAGAUGUCCCAGAAGAUGACAGCUUGCAAAGCGUAGAGAGCGAACAAGUUGACUCCAUUUAUUCUGAAGAGUGCACAAGCUGUAAUGAUGAAGAUCUUGGCGUAACACGAUGGACGAUGCCUUUGCUCAAGUCUGGAGAGAAGAGGUACUACCUCGGGAUAUUCUUUAAGGCUAACUGGUUUAAGGCGCAACAGUACUGCCGAUUCCACGGAAUGCACCUCGCCUCCAUCUCCUCACAGAAAGAGAAUGACGAACUCGAGAAAUACGUCAAAGAUUCAGGAUACGGUCGUGAACAUUUCUGGACAUCAGGCACCGAUCUAGCAGAAGAAGGCAACUUCUUCUGGAUGGCGAACGGCAGACCCCUUACAUUCGUCAACUGGAAUGCAGGGGAACCUAACAACUUCCGAUAUGAGAACGGUGAAGAAGAAAACUGCCUUGAACUCUGGAAUAGAGACGACAAAGGGUUAAAGUGGAACGAUUCCCCAUGUUCAUUCGAAACUUUCUUCAUUUGUGAAGUAAGAACAGACUGAUGGUCUGUAGUUUUGUGCGUUUGUCACUGCUUGUUUGACCUGACUGUUUUUAUCAGUGUUUAUUAUGUAUAGCAAACAUUGACUUACAAUUAUAUGGACGUCGGGUCCGCGCUAAAAAGUGUCAGAACUUAUAGGGCGUUAAAAUCGUAUACAGAGCGUCAUUCACGCUUUAGUCUUCG